AGAGGCCACAUAAGAGUGUCUGUGCACAGAGGGAGAGUCCUCCAGAGCCAACAAGAAAUUAUGAAGUUAUGGGAGAAGAGAUAGUGGUGCAAGGGGCUGUCAGAAACGUCCUGUCCAGUCUUAGCCUUAGCCUUGAGCUUCCCUGUGAAAGAAAGGAUUAACCUUUUCCACACACUGCACUGCCCAGGGGACUGAUGGACUCUGGACAUCGCUGGUUUUCAGUGAUCAGGGCAGCACUUCCAAGAGGGAAUCUGGCCCUCAGCUGUGGAUAUCUGCAGAAUAUUCUUCUGCAGGGAAUACAGAAGGUGGUUUCACCUGAGGGUGAGCUCUGCGGUCAACAGUGUGCCGGGUGGGAGACAGCCAAAAUAAAUCAAGAAUGAUGUGUCAUUCCCAUUUUUGUUUCACAGCUAAAGAUGUUGUAUUGGGACACAAAGAUCCCACCAGAGGUUAUCCAGGACAGGGCAAAACUCUAUUACAUAGUUCAACAUAGAACCAUGACAGGUACCUGUGUGUAUCAAGAGGCAGAAGUGUCCAGGAAAUUAUUUUUGCUAUAUUAAAUAAAAUGUCUCAAAAGAAAGAAAAAAGAAAAGAAUCAAUAAUUUACUGAUUACCAUCAAAAACAAUGAAUGCAAUGUUGUAGGAUUGUAUUAAUCAAAACCAAGUGGGUUUGGGACAGAAUAUAUCAUAGAAUCACAGAAUGGUUUGGGUGGGAAUGGACAUCAGGGACUGUGCUGAGCUUGGCUCUGCCCCUGUGCUGGGGGACACGGACACUCCAUGAGGGUUGUUUUUUCCUGUCUUCUCCCUCUGAUGAAUCACCACUCGAGGUUUUUCAGAAUUCGUGAGGCUGUUUGCAAAAGAAAAGGGAACUCCCUCUCCCUCAUCACUCCCUUUCUAUGCAAGACAACACCAGGAAACUCCAGCGUUUUAUUUGGUGCAAAACAGUGUCCCAAAUUCAAGGUAACUCUGAUCAAAGUCUCCUUAAAGCAGGGGGGACUGGAAUGAUGAAUGAGUUCUCAUGGAAAAUGAUUAGAGUGCGGCCGAGAAAGCUCCAACUUAAUGACUCAGGAGAAUAUCAACUCGAGACCUAUUUCCAGGGGAGAAACAAACCACGGAAUAGCACCAAGCUGGAAGUUUUGGAGGAAUAUAGGUCUUUGGAUACAGAUUCUGACCCCAUUAAAGGGGACAUUGCCACAGAUGACACCAAUAAGGAGCAGAGCAGUCUCCAUGCCCUCGUGGUGCUGAGCUCCUUCCUGCCCACCACUGCUCUGGUUGCAGCUGUUCUCUUCCUCCUCACCACCUACAUCAGAAUGAAAAGAGCAGGAAAAGGGAUGGACACUGGCAAACAUCCUGCUUUCAGACAGAGAGUACUGCAGCUCAGAGGACACGAAGGGAGCGGGAUGGCAGAAGGGGAACUGAGCAGGAGCACAGUCUAUGCUGUGAUCAGGCCCCAGCCGCAGCCCAGGCCCGAGGAUGUUCUGUAUGCCAACGUACAGCCUGUUCCCAAGGUUUUCUUCCACCUGCAGGAACCGCCGGGAAGUUCGGCCUCCUCAGGGCCUGUGGAAUACGCGACUGUUCUCUUCAGAACCACAGCCCCACAUCCUGACACUGCAACAGAGAAAAACAGCUUCACCUGAAGAAAGCAGCACAAAGCCUCGGGCUUGUUCGCUGAAUUUUGCAGAACUGCACUUAAAAUAACACGUUUGUACCCAGCUGCUGAAGGUGGGCGAUGGGGUGAGGGGCAGAAGCAACUGAAAGGACACACGUGGGUGCACAAACCUUCCCUGGAAAACAACCUCACUUUUCUAACAGCACAGCAUCGCACCCAGCUCUUGGUGGGCAAAUCCAGAAGAAAGCUGUGGUAUGUUUGCUUUUCCAAAUUGCUGUUUUUAAAUGACAUAGAACUAUAAACCCAAAUGCAGGAAACUGGUUCUGUCUGGCAGCAGCUGAUACAGCACCACGGCCAACAAGGGGCUGUGAGAUACGGGAGAUGCUUCCUUUGGACUUUCUUCAACAGCUCACUUGAGUACUCACAGAAAAAGCAUUAAUUACUGCCCACUCUGAUAAGAUCCAAGUCAGCAAAGUGGUAAAAAUCUGCUUUAUUUGAAACACACGAGGUGUUUCCUGGGCUUCAGGGAAACAGACAAUGCACUUGACAUGUUUUAGUAAACAAGAGGCUUGUUGGAAAAUAUUUGUCUACUUUAUAGUAUAAACUGUCAUCAGCUUGAACAUGCAGGGGUGAAAUUUACAUUCAAAAUUAUUGAUUUGUUUUACAAAGAAAUAACUUUGUAUUUCCCUGUUUGUUGUUCAUUAACACACACCAAUGCUCCAGGAUAAACCUAGCUUGACUUUAUUAUAAACUGUUGAUCAAACUACAGAACCCUGAUAUCACGGUGAUAUGAUCAAACAUCCCUCAGGGAUUACGGAUAAAUCCCCAAAUUCAUCUUAAUUCUGUGAGCUGGAGCUGAGGAUGCUGAAUAGAACACAAAAAUAGGUUUAAAUUUUUGAUACUAAGAUUGCAAGAAAACUCCAGCCUGGGCACUGGGUGGCAAAGGAGAGAAGGAAGGGGAAAAAGCAGGGAAUACACCUAUGGACUGUAUAAACUCUGUGAGUUAUAUACCUGCCCGUGAGUGCUUGUGAGAUUCUGAGGGUGAGACAGAAGUAAAUUCUGUUGACUGCUCUGAUGUGGCUAAAAAAUAUCAGAUUUUUUUUCAUUAUAUCUGAGAUGAUUUUGUUAUUCUACUGCAAAUUUUAUGAAAGCAAAGCUAGAAAAUUACAUCAUAAUAGUUAAAGAAACAUAUUUCUGGCUUCCCAAACAGCCUUGCAUGAUUGUUCUCUUCCUGUCCCAGCUUCCCAUUCUCUGUUCUUACAUACUUGUUAUUUCCUUUUUUCUUUGUUUUUUUUUUUUUUUACGAUCAUCACUGUAUUGACCAAUUCUGGAAAGAACAAAUGACACUCACCCUUGUGCUUUGGCGCAUUUUUGAGAUGGCAGAAGCGUUGGUGUGGGGUCGAUACCGUUAAGUAUUUCCAGUACUGUA